UAUUUAAAAAAAAUUUUACAAUAUAAAGUAAAAUCUUUCUGAAGUCAAAAAGUGCCUGAUAGUUGAUUAAACUGAUCAAGUUCCAUGUGUAGAACUAGCUGAAUAUCUCGUUGGUGCAAUUAUUAAGUGGAAAAUUCGUUAUAAAAUAUCAGUUUGCAAUCUCAAAUAUAUCAGAAAAGUGAUUUUGUAAAUUUUGGGCACAAAAAGUUGUUAAAGUGAGCUAAUUUGAUUAAAAAAUAUAUUUUUUACGCAACUUUGCAUAUCAGCCAACAAGCUGUUGGAUUCUUCAUACCAUCUCAACUCGUUUAGCUUCGCAUAUUUCCAUCGCAGAAAAUCGAGUGACCGCUUUACUCUGGCAAUUUUAGCCAGCUAGAUAUGCCUGCACAAUAUGGAACUUGCGAUUUGUAAAACAGAGUUGCCAACUACCAGAUUUAUGCUGCCAACUGCACCGGCCUCCUUCUAUCAGAAGAAUAACGCUCACUUCAGUGAGAUACUCAAUUUCAACACCAACUAUUUAUUCAAUAAAAAUAAUAUAAACAACAACAAUAGUAAUAAUAAUCAAAAUAACAACAGCAACAAUCAUAAUAAUAGUGCCAGUGUAAGUGCUAGUGCAAUUGUAAAUAAUAAUAAUAAUCAAAAUAUUAGUGCCAACAAUAACAACAACCACAAUACCAAUUCAAUUUUGUGCAACAACGGUAAUAGCAACAACAACGCAAGUGGCAGCAUGCGUCUGAAAAAGAAUCGGCGAGUGACGUUCCUGAAGAAUCUGAUCGAGACAAAUAUCCGCAUCAAAGAAGAGCCUGAUGAUGGCACCAAAGACAUACCGCCGCCAAUGUGCAGUUUAUCGGAUAUGUCCGAUCAUGAGGCGUCAAUCGGUGAGUGA